AUGAAACAGGAAAUCGCCAACGAAUCUCACGGUUACGUCGGCGCUGAUCUAGCAUCGCUGUGUUCCGAAGCAGCUUUGCAGCAGAUUCGUGAAAAGAUGGAUUUGAUUGACUUAGAAGAGGAACAGAUCGACGCCGAGGUGCUGAAUAGCCUUGCGGUUACAAUGGACGACUUUCGCUGGGCGAUGUCUAAGACCAGCCCAUCGGCUCUACGCGAAACCGUCGUCGAAACGCCAACCAUCACUUGGGAGGAUAUCGGCGGUUUGGAAAAUGUCAAGAGAGAGCUUCAGGAAUUGGUUCAGUUUCCGGUGGAACAUCCAGAAAAGUAUUUGAAGUUCGGCAUGCAACCAUCGCGAGGUGUGCUGUUUUACGGUCCUCCGGGUUGUGGCAAGACGCUGCUUGCCAAGGCUAUUGCCAGAGAAUGCCAGGCAAAUUUUAUCAGCAUCAAGGGACCCGAGUUGUUAACGAUGUGGUUUGGCGAGUCAGAGGCGAACGUCAGGGAUGCUCGCGCCGCUGCACCGUGCGUCCUGUUCUUCGAUGAACUGGAUUCGAUAGCAAAAUCUCGCGGUGGCAGUCUCGGCGAUGCUGGUGGCGCUGCCGAUCGGGUCAUCAACCAGAUCUUGACGGAAAUGGACGGAAUGACAUCAAAGAAGAACGUAUUCAUCAUCGGUGCAACUAAUCGACCGGACAUAAUCGAUUCGGCUAUCUUGCGACCUGGCAGAUUGGAUCAGCUUAUUUACAUUCCUCUGCCGGACGAAAAGAGCCGUGUACAGAUCUUAAAGGCUGCUCUGAGGAAGACACCCAUUGCAAAGGAUGUAGAUCUUUCGUACUUGGCCAAAAUGACGCAUGGCUUCAGCGGAGCUGAUUUGACGGAAAUUUGCCAGCGCGCUUGCAAACUAGCGAUACGUGAAAACAUCGAGAAGGAAAUAUGGCACGAAAAAGAGCGCCAGCAGCGGGCUGCGAAGGGGGAGGAAUUGAUGGAAGAGGAAUGCUAUGAUCCUGUGCCGGAGAUUCGUCGGGACCAUUUCGAAGAAGCGAUGCGGUUUGCCAGACGUUCUGUUUCAGACAAUGACAUCCGCAAGUACGAAAUGUUCGCGCAGACUUUGCAACAACAGCGUGGAUUCGGGACCAAUUUCCGGUUUCCUGGAGAAGGUGACCAAUCGGGCGGAGGAUCGGGCGUCCCUGCGAACGAUGAUGAAGAUCUUUAUGGCUAG